UUCUUCCCUUUCUUUUUCCAACACCAGCACUCAAAAUCUUUCAAUUUCCCAACCAACAAACCCAAUUUUACAAGUAAAUUCCCAUCAUUUUCAUGGCUUCGAGAGGGCUCCAAAUGACUCUAUUCCUGGUCCUGGCGGCUAUGUUUUGGGUGGGAGCCAUGGCUCAGUCAAACUCAAACUGCAACACUGUGCUCAAUAACUUGGCUCCUUGCCUCGACUUCCUUACGGGAACCUCAACGACUCCAUCAAGUUCUUGCUGCACUCAGCUAGGAGCCGUCGCUAAAUCUUCCCCUGAUUGCCUCUGCGCUGCUCUCAACGGCAGUCUUCCUACAACGGGGAUCAAAAUUAACCGAACCAUUGCUCUUUCCCUUCCUGAUGCCUGUCAAGUUAAAAGUUCUUCACUUGACCAGUGUAAACAAGCCAUUACUCCACCAGCUUCACCUCCAGUUUCUCCAUCAACGACAAGCCCUUCUCCCAGCUCUUCAAAUACAACUACGCCGCCGGCCUCAGGAUCGGGGUCUACAUCGACAUCAAAAUCUGAUGGAGGCAUCAGAAGAGCACCUGUAAAAUUUGUUCUCUUCCUUCUCUUCGUAGCAUCAUGUGCUUCAACAAUCGCCACAUUCUGAGUCUUCCGCUGAGAUUUUUUAGCCUGACGUAGUAUUAUUGACAAAUAACAAUGAUUCUUUUCCAGUUUUCUUUUGAGGAUGCUGCCCAUUAUUGAUCGCACAAGUGUGGUUUUCGUAAUAUUAUUAGCUGGGUUUUUCAAUAAAAGAUCAAUGAAUAUUGGCUUUUCUAUUGAUUUUUUCUUCAAAUAAAAUUGUGCAGUGAUUAUAAUUAA